UCUCACAGGAACUGCCACAAAGGAAAGCGGAUGGAUCUCUCCUCCACGGUCGUCCUCCCACUGCUGCUGGGCGGCUUGGGUGUCUAUGGCGUCUUCCGGCUGCUGCAGCAGAGGCGGGCCAAAGCCUACCUCAAAGAUGCUGUGGUGGUUAUCACUGGUGCCACUUCAGGCCUAGGGAAAGAAUGUGCCAAGGCUUUCCACGCUGCCGGGUCGAAACUGGUGCUGUGCGGCAGGAACAGCGAGAGGCUGCAGGACCUGUUGCAGGAGCUCUGUGCCUCAGACAGUCAUUCCAAGAACCCCCAUAAACAUCACACUGUGACCUUUGACCUCUCCGACACCAAAGCUGUGGUCAGAGCUGCAGAGGAGAUCUUGAAGCACAUGGAUCAUGUGGACAUCUUGAUCAACAACGCUGGGAUCAGCUAUCGAGGCACCAUAGCAGACACAGUGGUAGAGGUGGACAGGAAAGUAAUGGAAACCAAUUACUUUGGCCCUGUUGCUUUGACAAAAGCCCUCCUGCCCUCUAUGAUCAAGAGGAGGCAAGGACACAUUGUGGCCAUCAGCAGCGUCCAGGGCAAAAUUGCUAUUCCUUUCCGCUCUGCCUAUGCUGCCUCCAAACAUGCCAUCCAAGCCUUUUUUGACUGCCUGCGAGCAGAAGUGGAGCAGUACGGUCUAAAUGUGACAGUCGUGAGCCCCGGCUACAUUCAGACAAACUUGUCAGUGAAUGCCAUCACGGGCAAUGGAUCCCAGUAUGGAGUGAUGGACAAGGCUACCAGCCAAGGCCAGGGAGCCAUGGAGGUGGCUCAGGAGGUCCUCAGUGCUGUGGGGAAGAGGAAGAAGGAGGUGCUGGUUGCAGGGCUUACACCAUCAUUGGCCGUGUACCUGCGAACGCUCUUCCCCAGGCUCUUCUUCACCUUCAUGGCAGCCAGAGCCCGGAAAGAGAGGAAAACCAAGGAGUCGUAGCCCUCCUUCGCCCAGCUCUUCCAAGCACAGACUGUAAGAGGCCACCAGCUGUUGGAAUUUAAGGAUCUGCCGGACAUCUGGACUUCAGCAAUUCUUCUUAACAUAUCCUAUUUUGACAUGUGAGGUUGGCUGCCCUCUUAAGGAAAUUUUCCUGGGACCAAUAGCAGGAAGAGACUUAAGACUACGAAGAUCUUUUGCAGGGAACGAAGCUCAUUUUUCACUCUGCUUUGCCUGCGCUUGUCGCUUAGGCUCACGCGCUUGUGAGGGAAGGGAGUCCAGGCUGUGAGUUCCCUGUUUUCUGAUAUCUGCCUGCUGACAAAAGGAAGUUGUCCCAGGAUGCAUCUCUGUGCUGACAGGAGAGCAAUUGAGCUAAAGUUCAUGGUGCCCACUCUGUGCCCCAAGACACCAGUUAGCCUGAGCCACCAAAGCCCUGCUUGUAGCUGCAGCCUGUUAUUUGGUGGUAUUCUCCAAAUUAUGCUAAGCACUGCGCUUGUCCUUGGCAGAAGGGAAGGAUGGGGAGGGGCUUUAUAUAUGACCUCUUAGAAGCACGUUGCUCAAGAAUUCAGAUGGGAAAACGCAGCUUUCUUCCCCAUCUAGCCCCAACUUCCUAGGUGGGUUAAAACAGCUAUAUUAAAGUAGAAAUCAUGAAUAUUCUUCACAAACACUGUGCCAUCAUGACGAAUUUAAUACACAGGCUAGAAUCCCACCAUCCUGGGACUGGUGUCUAGGAACCUAGCACAGCUACCCAGUUUCCCCCAAGGUUCGUUCUGCCUGUCCGUGAUGCCCUGUAUCGGAGCAGUUCUGGAAUAAAGGUGAUUGGGAAAACUUC